GGGAUGGAACACCGAGACACCGACGGAAUGCUCCGAAUUGCCACAUAAUCCCCAGGAACGGCCGCGCCGCACGCCAUUGGCUUCUCCCUUCUCCCCGCGCUGCCGCCGCCGCCGUCUCCCACCUUCGCCUCCCCGCCUCCCUCUGCUCCCGCUGCCUCCGGAGCUGGGGGGGAAGCGCGAAGCCCCACUGCAAUGGAGCCCGCCGCCGCGGCUACGGCGCAGCGACUCCCGGAGACCAGCAGGGAGGACCGAGCUCCGGCUCCCGCGGCGGCGGCUCUGGCGGCGGCGGCGGCUCUGGCGGCAGCGGCCGGGGGCGGCCGGAGCCCGGAGCCCGCGCUGACCCCGGCGGCCCCGACCGGCGGGGCGCGGGACGAGGCCGCCGGCGAGGCGCAGCCGGGGCCGCUGCCGGGCCGGGCGGGAGGCACGGGUCGCCGGCGGCGGCGCGGGGCGCCCCAGCCCCCCGCCGGCGGGGCUGCCCCGGUUCCCGGGGCCGGCAGCGGCGCCAACUCCCUCCUGCUGAGGAGAGGGCGGCUGAAAAGGAAUCUGUCCGCGGCCGCCGCCGCCGCCUCCUCGUCCUCGUCGUCGUCGUCGUCGUCGUCGUCGUCCUCGGCCGCCGCCGCCUCGCACUGCCCCGGCGCCGCCGGCCUCUCUACCUCCUGUUCGGCCUCGGCGUCGCUGUGCACCCGGAGCCUGGACAGGAAGACGCUGCUCCUGAAGCACCGGCAGAUGCUGCAGCUGCAGCCGUCGGACCGGGACUGGGUGAGGCACCAGCUCCAGCGCGGCUGCGUGCACGUCUUCGACCGCCACCUGGCCUCAACCUACCUGCGCCCGGUGCUCUGCACGCUGGACACCACGGCCGGCGAGGUGGCCGCCCGCCUCCUGCAGGUGGGCCACAAAGGCGGCGGCGUGGUCAAGGUGCUGGGCAAGGGCCCGGGCCCCGCGGCCGGCACGGAGCGGCCCCCCGACGUCGGUCCCCGGCUCGCGCCUGCGGAACCCCGGGACUUGGGGCCGCCGCCCGGGAGGAGCGGGCUGGCUGCCGUCGGGGGCCCGCCGCGCGCGCCUCCCGCGGACCUGCAGCUGCCGGGCGGUCGGGACGGGUGGGCGCGCCGCGCCUCCCGCGCCAGCCCCGCGCCGUCGGACUCCAGCCCGGGUGAGCCGGGCGCCCCGCAGCGCCUGGACGGCACAGCCGCCGGCCCGGCCUCCGACACCGAGAGCUUCAGCCUGAGCCCCAGCGCCGAGAGCGUGUCGGACCGGCUGGACCCCUACAGCAGCGGCAGCGGCUCCUCUUCGUCGUCCGAGGAGCUCGAGGCUGACCCGGCCCCGGGCCUGCCGGGGGUUCCGGGCCAGGCCCGCCUGCCCGGCCGCUCCGCGCCGGCUCGGCCCGGGGCGGGCACCCGGCCGCCUUCCCCGACCGCCUCCCCGCCUCCGCUGCAGCCGAAAGACCCGAGGGGCGUCGACGGCCCGGGAGGGGCUGCCCGCGACCGGCCUCGGGAAGAAAAGGCGGCUGCAGCCGCGGCCCUUAGCCGCCCUCAGCCGACCCCGGGUGGGAACGGGGCGGCCCCGGAGAAAGCGCCUCCGCCGCCCACCCUGUAUGUGCAGCUCCACGGAGAGACCACCCGGCGCCUGGAGGCGGACGAGAAGCCAUUGCAGAUCCAAAAUGACUACCUCUUCCAACUGGGAUUUGGGGAGUUGUGGAGGGUGCAGGAGGAAGGCAUGGACUCGGAGAUUGGCUGCCUCAUCCGCUUCUAUGCAGGAAAACCUCACAGCUCUGGUAGCUCUGAGCGGAUCCAGCUCUCAGGAAUGUAUAAUGUCCGUAAAGGCAAAAUGCAGUUGCCAGUGAACCGCUGGACCAGACGCCAGGUCAUCCUCUGUGGGACCUGCCUCAUAGUAUCAUCUGUGAAAGACAGCUUGACCGGAAAGAUGCACGUUCUGCCACUAAUCGGUGGAAAAGUAGAAGAAGUGAAAAAGCACCAGCACUGUUUAGCAUUUAGCUCCUCUGGACCCCAAAGCCAGACUUACUACAUUUGUUUUGAUACAUUCACAGAGUAUUUAAGGUGGCUUCGACAAGUUUCCAAGGUUGCAUCACAGCGCAUUAGCUCAGUGGACCUCUCGUGUUGCAGCCUGGAGCAUCUGCCUGCCAACCUCUUCUACAGCCAAGACCUCACUCAUCUCAACUUAAAACAAAACUUCCUAAGGCAGAAUCCCUGCCUACCAACUGCCAGGGGGCUCAGUGAACUGCAAAGGUUCACCAAGCUGAAGAGUCUUAACCUUUCCAAUAAUCACUUAGGGGACUUCCCAUUAGCAGUCUGCAGUAUUCCGACCCUGACCGAGCUGAACGUGUCCUGCAAUGCCCUGCGAGCCGUCCCGGCGGCCGUGGGAGUCAUGCACAACUUACAGACAUUCUUGCUGGAUGGAAACUUUCUCCAGGCCCUUCCUCCUGAGUUGGAGAACAUGCAUCAGCUUAGUUAUCUUGGUCUUUCUUUCAAUGAAUUCACUGACAUUCCAGAGGUUUUGGAGAAAUUGACUGCUGUGGAUAAACUUUGUAUGUCUGGAAACUGUAUGGAGACCCUUAGGCUACAGGCGUUAAGAAAAAUGCCUCACAUUAAACAUGUGGAUCUAAGACUCAAUGUAAUUAGGAGACUCAUAGCAGAUGAAGUGGACUUUCUCCAGCACGUCACUCAGCUCGAUCUGCGCGACAACAAGCUUGGGGAUCUCGAUGCCAUGAUUUUCAACAACAUUGAAGUUUUACACUGUGAAAGGAAUCAGCUGGUGACAUUAAACAUCUGUGGCUAUUUCCUAAAAGCGCUCUAUGCCGCUUCUAAUGAACUUGUUCAAUUGGAUGUUUACCCAGUUCCAAGUUAUCUGUCCUACAUGGAUGUUUCAAGGAACUGCUUAGAAAACGUGCCUGAGUGGGUCUGCGAAAGCCGGAAGCUAGAAGUUUUGGAUAUUGGCCAUAAUCAAAUAUGUGAACUUCCUGCACGCUUAUUUUGUAACAGUAGUCUCCGGAAGCUGCUGGCAGGACACAACCAGCUGACGAGGCUGCCUGAGAGGCUGGAGAGGACCUCGGUGGAGGUCUUGGAUGUGCAGCACAACCAGCUCCUGGAGCUGCCGCCCAACCUGCUGAUGAAGGCCGACAGCCUGAGGUUCCUGAACGCAUCUGCAAACAAACUGGAAACGCUUCCUGCAGCCACUCUUUCUGAAGAGACGAACAGCAUCUUGCAGGAGCUCUAUCUGACCAAUAACAGCCUCACGGACAAGUGCGUGCCCUUGCUGACGGGACACCCCCAUCUAAAGAUCCUUCACAUGGCCUACAACCGGCUUCAGAGUUUCCCAGCAAGUAAAAUGGCGAAACUGGAGGAGCUUGAAGAAAUCGACCUCAGUGGGAAUAAGCUGAAAGCGAUCCCGACGACCAUCAUGAAUUGCCGGCGCCUGCACACUGUGAUUGCUCAUUCAAACUGCAUCGAAGUCUUUCCUGAGGUGAUGCAGCUCCCAGAAAUCAAGUGCGUGGACCUGAGCUGUAAUGAGCUGAGCGAAGUCACUUUACCAGAAAACCUGCCUCCAAAACUGCAAGAACUAGACCUGACGGGAAACCCCCGGCUUGCCCUCGAUCACAAGACCUUGGAACUGCUGAAUAAUAUCCGCUGCUUCAAGAUUGAUCAGCCUUCCUCGGGAGACGCAUCUGGAGCCCCAGCUGUCUGGAGCCACGGCUACACCGAAGCCUCGGGGGUGAAAAACAAGUUGUGUGUUGCGGCGCUGUCAGUGAACAACUUCUGUGACAACCGGGAGGCCCUGUACGGGGUGUUUGACGGAGACCGGAACGUCGAGGUGCCCUACCUUCUCCAGUGCACCAUGAGUGACAUUCUGGCCGAAGAGCUGCAGAAGACAAAAAACGAGGAGGAGUACAUGGUGAACACGUUCAUUGUCAUGCAAAGGAAACUUGGAACCGCGGGGCAGAAACUUGGAGGCGCUGCUGUCCUCUGUCAUAUCAAGCAUGAUCCCACGGACCCAGGAGGGUCCUUCACCUUGACCUCUGCGAAUGUGGGCAAGUGCCAAACGGUUCUCUGUCGGAACGGGAAGCCGUUGCCGCUGUCCCGAUCGUACGUCAUGAGCUGUGAGGAAGAACGGAAGAGAAUUAAACAGCACAAGGCCAUUAUCACGGAGGACGGCAAGGUGAACGGAGUGACGGAGUCCACGCGCAUCCUGGGCUACACCUUCCUGCACCCCAGCGUCGUGCCGCGCCCGCACGUGCAGUCCGUGCCCCUGACGCCCCAGGACGAGUUCUUCAUCCUGGGCAGCAAGGGCCUGUGGGACAGCCUGUCCGCCGAGGAGGCGGUGGCGGCCGUGCGCCACGUGCCCGACGCGCUGGCCGCCGCCAAGAAGCUGUGCACGCUGGCGCAGAGCUACGGCUGCCACGACAGCCUGAGCGCCGUGGUGGUGCAGCUCAGCGUCCCCGAGGACAGCUUCUGCUGCUGCGAGCUGGGCGCGGGCGGCGCCGGGCCGCCGCCCAGCCCCGGCCUCUUCCCGCCGCCCGCGGGCAUGGCGGGCAGGGAGCGGCCGGCCGACGCGCCGGGCGUGCCGUCGUCCAGCAGCGGGCUGGCGUCCGAGAUGAGCAGCGAGCUGUCGGCGUCCGAGAUGAGCAGCGAGGUGGGCUCCACCGCGUCCGACGAGCCCCCGCCCGGCGCGCCGCCCGACAGCAGCCCCGCGGGCGCCGGCGAGCCCCGCUGCCUGCUGCACCCCGGCGGCCUGGCGCACUGCUUCCAGCGGCAGCUGUCCAGCGCCACCUUCUCCAGCGCCUUCUCCGACAACGGCCUGGACAGCGACGACGAGGAGCCCAUCGAGGGCGUCUUCAGCAACGGCAGCCGCGUGGAGGUCGAGGUGGACAUCCACUGCGGCCGCGCGCGGGAGAAGGAGAAGCGGCGGCCGCCGCACCCGCCGGCCGAGGCCAGCGACGAGGGCAUCGUCAUCAGUGCCAACGAGGACGAGCCGGGGCCGCCCCGGAGGCCGGACGGCGCGGCCGCGGGGACCAUCGGGCGGCGCCGGGCCAACGGCUCGGUGGCGCCGCAGGAGCGGAGCCACAACGUGAUCGAGGUGGCCGCGGACGCGCCCCUCCGCAAGCCCGGGGGCUACUUCGCGGCGCCGGCGCAGCCGGACCCCGAGGACCAGUUCAUCAUCCCCCCGGAGCUGGAGGAGGAGGUCAAGGAGAUGAUGAAGCAGCAGCAGCCGCCGCCGCCGCCCCUGCAGCCGCCGCCGCGGCCGUGCCCCGGGGACCCGCUGCCGGACUACUGUGACACGCCGCUAUGACCCACCCGAGCGCUGGUUCACAAAUAAACUAACCGAGAAAGACCGAGUUGCACGAGUCUCGCAGGCUCACGUUAAACCAGGGGUUCACUCCACGCCCGCCCCACGUCCCCCCGCCCGCGCCCGUCCUUCUCCUCCCGUUGGCCAUUUUUUUCACAAUUACCACUCUUCUUCCGGUGAUGCUCUACCCCAGGAUUUAAGUUUGUUAACCUCCUCCCCUAACAUCUCAGACGUGUAAAGACAAAGAACAAAAGGUUUAAUAUAUUACAGAGAAACGGUUAAUGAUAAUGUAAUAUUUUUUAAAACGGCUUUUUGUUGUUUUGUUCGGAAGGCAGGGCCGGUUGCCAGUGCUAAAUGACUUUAAUAAUAUUGUAAUUCUGUAUUUCUUUGGGGGGAAAAGGCUUUUUUUUUUUUUCUUUUUUUUGUCUUGAAAAUGACAGACAUUUGUAGAAUAUGGAGACUAACUCCUAGGAGUUGCUUUACUCUGUCAGGUGACUUAAGUCACUGGGAUUCACUAAUUUUCUCUGAGAGAACAGUUGAUUGAGAAAUUUCUAUUGUAAAUAGCUCAGUGUUGUAUAGUGACGCUUCAGAUGUUUUGUAGUUUUGGCAUAAGGACACAGCCUACACAACCCACGUUCCUCCCCCCAACCCUGCCCCACAGCCCCCCACCCCACCCCCCUCCACCCCUGGAACUCACUCAGUGCGCGGCUGACCCAGGAGAGAGCACUUCUGUCCAGAUAAGGUGGAUCUUGGGCUGCUAGAAACCAGCCUGCACCCAAGGGGCUUCUGACCCUCUUUCUUCCUCUUCUGCCCCCACCCAGCCUCUUGACUUUUGCAGACACUUUUCGUGUUCCUUACUGCUGUCACAAUCAGCAUGAUUGUAUAGCGUUCAAUUAGAUCACUGACAUACCGAGAGUUAUAUUAAAGCAGAAUGCACAAAUGAACAUGUCAUAAUUUUUGUUAUAAUAAAUAUAAAAUUUACAAGUA